GGGGGGGGAGGAGAGGCACUAGAAGAAGCGGGCGCGGAGAAGGCGGCGCUACGCUGCAGGGUCCGCGCCGGUGCGCGCAAAGGAGUAAGAGGCUACGCUGUUGCAAUGCAAAAGUCAGAGGGCUCUUCAAUACAAAGACACACAGAGAGAAAGAGAGCACUGGAGGAAAGGGCACAGAUGCUUGCCAUUUAACACUGAACUAAGUCAAAAAGGACCCAGGUUCAAAUCCCUGCUCAGGAGUGGAAUUCACUUUGUGACCUUGGCCCUCUGAUAGUGUUUCUAUGAAGACAAAGGGGCUUUGCAAUGACCCCACCUUGAGGGCUGCUCCCUGCUCGAAAGUGCAUCGUGGCAACUGCUGCGAGAGGCCCAGAGGUGCCUGCGCUUACGCCUCCUCCUCUUCCGUCUCCGCCACAAUGACCUCAGAGGCACCGUCGGGGUCGUCUCUUUCUUGGGGCAGAGUGGAAACGGCUGUUCAGCAGCCACCGCAGGGUCUGGUGACCUUUGGGGACAUAGCUGCAUCGUUCAGUGAGGAGAAAUGGGCUCUGCUGGAGCCAGGCCAAGGAGCUCUGCACAGGGAAGUCAUGAAGGAGAACUAUGAAACUGUGGCCUCUGUUGAAUCUGACCUCAGUUCCUGCUGGGAAGAAGAGAAAUAUCCGUUUAACCAGGAUCUCAAAGAAGAGGAGACAUCAGCAGCAGAUAAUGGUCAGAAAAAUGAGGAUGAUGGGGAACCAAAGAUGGUGCCAUUGGCAAUAGUCAGGCAUGAAGCACAGAAAGAGAUGUUUGGAAAUAAUGGCGGUCCGCAAAAGCCUGAAAGACACCAAUCAGAGAAUGGGAGGGAGAAACCCUCUGUUUCUCAGAUUUUGCAUCAUGACACAACAGAGAAACCAUUUAAAUGCAUGGAGUGUGGAAAAAGUUUCAGUCACAGCAGUGCCCUUUGUUUACAUCAAAGAAUCCACACAGGGGAGAAACCAUUUAAAUGCAAGGAAUGUGGAAAAAGUUUCAGUGUGAGUAGUAACCUUUCUAAGCAUAGAAGAAUCCACACAGGGGAGAAACCAUUUAAAUGCAUAGAGUGCGGAAAGACCUUUGUUCGGAAUGGUGACCUUACUUUGCAUCAAAGAACUCACACAGGGGAGAAACCAUUUAAAUGUAUGGACUGUGGAAAGAGUUUCAGUCAGAGCAGUAAACUUGCUGUACAUCAAAGAAUACACACAGGGGACAAACCAUUUAAAUGCAUGGAGUGUGGAAAGAGCUUCAGUGUAAGCUGUAGCCUGACUUUACAUCAAAGGAUGCAUACAGGGGAGAAACCAUUUAAAUGCUUAGAGUGUGGAAAGAGCUUCAGCUGGAAUAGUAACCUUACUGUACAUCAAAGAACACACACAGAAGAGAAACCAUUUAAAUGCUUGGAGUGUGGAAAGAGCUUUAGCUGUAAUAGAAACCUCACAUUACAUCAAAGAAUGCACCUAGGGGGGGAACUAUUUAAAUGCCUAGAAUGUGGAAAGAGCUUCAAAGAGAGUAGUGCUCUGUGUAUGCAUCAAAGAACACACUCAGGGGAGAAACCAUUUAAAUGCAUGGAGUGUGGAAAGGGCUUCAAUCAGAGCAGUGCCCUUCAUUUGCAUCAAAGAACUCACACGGGGCAGAAACCAUUUAAAUGCAUGGAGUGUGGAAAGAGCUUCAGUGUUUGGAACAGCUUUACUUUACAUCAAAGAACGCACACAGGGGAGAAGCCAUUUAAAUGCAUGGAGUGUGGAAAGAGUUUCAAUGUGAGUGGCAACCUUACUAUGCAUAAAAAAAUUCACACAGGGGAGAAGCCAUUUCAGUGCAUGGAGUGUGGAAAGAGCUUCAGUGUGAGUGGCAACCUUACUAAGCAUAAACUGAUCCAUAGAGGGGAGAAGCCAUUUAAAUGCAUGGAGUGUGGAAAGAGUUUCAGUCAGAAUAUUCACCUUACUUCACAUCAAAGAGCCCACACAGGGGAGAAACCAUUUAAAUGCGUGGAAUGUGGAAAGAGCUUUAGUUGGAACAGUAGCCUUACUAAACAUCAUAGGACACACAUGGGGUAGAGAACCCAUUUAAAUUCAUAGAGUCACUUCAGUCAGAAUAAUAUCCCUAAUUUACAUUAAAGAACCCACACGGGAGAAGAACUGUGAAAAUGCUUUAAUGGUAGUGAAACACUUAAUAGACAUCUAAGAACAUGUUCAGGAGGGAAAUGUUUUACUUCAUGGAGAGUGGAAAGAGCUUCAGUUGAAACAGUAUACUUACUUUAUAUCAAAGGAACCCACACAGGAGAAAAAUUAUGUAAAUUAAUGGAGUAUGGAAAUAGGUUCAGUGACUGUGAUGGAGAUAUAAGGUUGGAUGCUUCCAAUAGUUUUGGGCUCAAGAGUCUACCCUAAGUAAGGCUCUGGGUUCACAUCAGUAGCCCCAAGACAAAGUGAAGCUGUUCCAGCUCAGAGAAAUGGUGUGAUGGAACCUCUUUCCUCUUAAGACGGCAUUUACAGAUUCAGGACUGAAUUUUAGCUCCGAGCAAAGGGGAGGAACAAAGGAACAAAUCAGUGAGCAGGGAAAAUUUUUGGAGUGUUGGGCACCACAGGGAAGACUAUAUAUUCUUCACUUUAGCCAUCUUAGGUUCAUUUUUCCCCCACGCAAUCUAUUUUUUUCUGAUGUCUUUCAGUGCUGCACCUUACCUCUUCUGUGGAAUAUAAACAGAAAGUAGAAAACUUUGCUUUUAGAUUUCAGUUUUGCUGCUUAUAAUGGCAGAGCAAUCCAAAUGAUGGGAAGCUGUGUUGGGGGGGGGGCGCUGGUAGAGGAAGAGCCAAUGGAAAGCUCCAUAGCGUCCACUCCCCAUUUUGGGAGCCACCGGCCCAACUGAACACAGGCUACCUCAGGAGCCGUGUGGGGGCUGGAAGGGAAGAGCCGGCGUCCACAAACAGUCCUACUGGGGAGUCAGCAUUCCCCAUAGACCACUAUUAGAAUCAUUUUACUACAGCGGCCUUUUUGCCUGCGAGCUUCAGGACAGAUCCAGACCUGCGGGAGCACUCCAAGGGGGACUUGGAUGCUGUGUAAGUCUCCCCCCCGUAGCUCCUCCCACACCAUGCCCCCAGAAUGCCCCACUUUUGGGGCUGCUGCCUGCUCUCUAUCUGCUGGACUGGCUGUCCCCAGUGGAGCGCUGGCAGGGUCCCGGCAGCACCACGAGUGAGCCGGGAUGAGGGGCUUCUGGCGGGACCUGGUGGCACCAGGACCUUGCCAGGUCAGUCAUGGUUCCACCACAUCCAACUCCCUCUGCCCGGCAUAAAUCCAACUUGGAUCGCUCCCUAAUUUUACUGUGGGUUAGGUUCCUCUGUGCUGAAUUUUCCACAGACUCCAAUAAAUUUUAGGAAAUAUUACUUGCCCCUUACUAGAACUAUUGCUGGUGAUUUUUAUAUAGAGAUAGCUUUACUGGCUUUUUCCAGAUACAUUUUUAUAGAUUCAUUUUAUUUUUUCCUUAAUUUUAUUUAAUCUCAGGUGAGGCUCAGAUUUCACUAUUUUAUUUUUAUUUUUUUUAAAAAUAAUCUUUUUAUUGGGACUAAUUUUCUAUUUAUUUUUCUGGAUGUUGUAUCCAGUCUGAUCUCUGCUCAUGUGCAUCUAAGACCACAGGAGGCUGUUCACUGGAAUUCACCUCUGAGUUAGCAGCUAUGCGCUUCUAUUGAAGAAAACUGCUGUGCGGUUGGUUAGGACAGCUGGGGGUGCAAGAACCUUUAACUAGAGGACUGGUGGGUUUUAGGUCAGCCAGUGUAGGAUUUAGCAAUGGUUCUAAAGUUCAUUGAAAUCUUGCCUGCUACAAUCCUUGUAUGUACUGGGCACUUUACCAGAUACCUUCAUAUAAUACAUUUUCCACUUUGUUCUUCAAUGUAAUCAUUGUAUUCUAAUGGUUUUUAUGUAUAAAAUAUUUUAUGGGGCUCUCCAUCUUUGGAUUGUGCUCCCCAGUAAAGUCCACCUGGUGCCUUCAUUGACAUCUUUUCAGCGCCAGGUAAAGACAUCCUUUCCCCCCCAGGCUUUUGAUAGAUUAAGAUGAUGUUUCAUUAGUGUGCUGACCCAAGUUUUCAGUGGCUGUUACGGGGAUUGUUGUAUUUUGUUGUUUUAUGGUAUGAUAUAUUUAUUUGUGUUUUUAACAGUUUUGUAAAUCGCUUGGAGACCUUUGGGUAACAAGGAAUUAAAUAUAAUAAAUAAUAGCUUUUGAUUUUUGUUUGAUAUUCUUUGUGGAAGAUGCUUUCAUCUUUCGUAAACUGAAAUGCAUUCACUGGUCUUCUGUUUAUGUAUUUUAAAUAAAUUUUGAAACUGA